AUUUGAGUGUUUCUCAAGAAUUAAAAAAAAGUUUUAUUCGUAUACAAAGUUUAAAGACAUUCACUCGUUAUUACCUUCUGUUUAAAUAAAAUUCAUGUUAAUGUAAAUCAAUUCAGGGCCAUGAAAUAUAGCUGAUAUCUGACAUUUCGGCCUCCUUUUGUCUUUAUAAUUUAUAGUUCCAGUUGUUCUGAGGAAACUGUUCCUGAUCCAAGAUAAGUAGCAGUCUCUAACAUUAUAACAAUACCUACAUCUUAGCUAUGCACCAAACGCAUUCCCUUUUAAAAAGUAAAAUAGUGAAAAUGCUGAAUAACAAAAAAAAAAUGUCUACUGUACCUAUUACAUAUUCAGUUUACAAAUAUCUAUAUCGGUUUCCCGUUUUACCGUUAAUAAAUAAGCAGAUUGAUAUGAUUUAGUAUCCCUAACAUUAAACGUUGCAAUUCACACCGUAUCUAUGCAGAUACUCAAUGAACGAUAACAAGUUACAACGUUCACUACACUGUUGAUUCAGUCUCACGCGAUCGACCGAGGCAACAACAUGCUUCUCUUACUUAUACCAAUUGUGCUCGUGCUCUUAUACUACUACACCACCAGGAACCACGACUACUGGGAGAAACGCAAUGUCAAGCACGAGAAACCAAUACCCGUGUUUGGAACGCUCUACAACAAUGUAUUUGCCAAGAAAAGCAUCACAGAAAUAUCCGUGGAGCUAUACCGCCAGUAUCCCAAUGAGAAAGUUGUGGGAAUAUACAGAGGAACUACACCAGAACUCAUCAUCCGAGAUCUGGAUAUAGCCAGAAAGAUCCUGAAUGUAGACUUCGCAUAUUUCUACCCCAGAGGUCUGGGCAGGAACCCAAAAUAUGAGCCAGCGUUUCUGAAUAUCUUCCAUGUUGACGGCGACACGUGGAAAUUGUUACGACAGCGUCUAACAUCAGCGUUCACGACCGCCAAACUGAAAAGCAUGUUCCCACUAGUUGUGGCGUGCGCUGAGAAACUGCAAAAUGUGGGCGAAGACAUCGUGAACAAAGGCGGAGACUGUGACGUGCGCGAGCUGAUGGCGCGGUUCACCACGGAGUUCAUCGGCGCGUGCGGCUUUGGUAUUCAAAUGGACACCAUCAACAACGAGCAUUCUCUCUUCAGAGAUUUGGGCAGAAAAAUGUUCAAUAGAUCGUGGAGAAAUUUCGUCCUCGUACCACUCUACGAUUUGUUUCCCGACUUCAGAACACUUUUUCAAAAAAUAUUACACGAGCCGUUCUUGCUGGAUUCCAUGGCCGAGAUUGUUCAAAAUAUUCGCAAACAACGUAACAACAAACCCAUUGGCCGAAAUGACUUCAUUGAUUUACUUUUAGAAGUAGAAGCCAAAGGCAAGAUGACAGGUGAGUCAGUGGAGAAGAGAACUGCCGAUGGAAAGCCAGUGCAAAUAGAAAUGGACAUGGAUCUGACAUGCAUGGUGGCACAGGUGUUCGUCUUCUUCGCUGCAGGUUUCGAAACUUCCUCAUCGGCGACGAGUUUCCUGUUACAUCAGUUGGCAUUCCACCCAGAAGAACAAAAGAAAAUUCAGGAAGACAUCGAUAGGGUGCUUGCGAAGUACAACAAUCAACUAUGCUAUGACUCGAUCUCUGAAAUGAAAGCAUUGAGUAACGGGUUCAAGGAGGCAAUGAGAAUGUUCCCCUCUCUUGGCACCUUACACAGAGUGUGUGCAAAGAAGUACAUGAUCGAAGAGUUAGGCAUCACAAUUGAUCCAGAUGUGAAGAUUAUCAUCCCAGUGGAAGGUAUACAAAAUGACGAAAAGUAUUUCGAAAACCCCACUCAGUUUAAACCGGAUAGGUUCAACGAUCCGUCUGAGGAGAGACAUAAGUUUGCAUAUAUGCCCUUCGGUGAAGGACCUCGGCAAUGUAUCGGUGCUCGACUGGGUGAGAUGCAGUCGCUAGCAGGACUUGCAGCAGUACUGCACAAGUUCAGCGUGGAGCCGGCGGCGACCACCAAGAGGUACCCCGAGGUGAACCACGGCAGCAACACAGUGCAGUCCAUCAAGGGAGGACUGCCACUGAAGUUGACUCUGAGGAAAAAAUAGCCUGUCAAAGAACCCUCCCAUUUUUUGCUCCAAAAGCCAUGAUGUCCAUCAAUGCUUCAUUUGUGUAAAUAACCACUUCACUAUCCACGAAGCAGACACAAGAGUCAAACAAUUGGUGUAUAUCAAAUGUGACACAUGAGACAGGGAAGUUAGGAGCACACCAUGUUUUGGAACCCGUAGAAUAAAUCAAGUUCGAAUCAAUCCAGACUUGAAUAGAAUACUUCUAUCAGAAAUAGUAAGGGCUCCGAAAACCAUAUAACCAUAAUAUAAAAUUGCUUUAGCCCUUAAUCAUUAGCUCUUAAUCGUACCUAAAUAGAUAAUUAUUAUUGUAAAAAUAAAUCAAUAAAUACUAAGAUAAA